UCUCAGAGAGGCUCCCAACAGCAGGGGAGAAGGCUCGGUGCCCCUCCAGCCACGCACCUGCUCUGCCCAGGGCCGCCCGCCGCCGAGCCAGCCGGGAUGUUCGGGCUCUGGAGAACCAUCAACAAUGUGCUCUUCUACCUCACCCUGGCCGUGGGCCUCGCAGGCCUGCUGGGCAACGGGCUGGUCCUCUGGCACCUGGGCCUGCACAUCAAGAAGGGCCCCUUGUCCCUGUACCUGCUCCACCUGGCGGCCGCCGACUUCCUGUUCCUCGGCUGCCAGGUGGGCCUCUCCGCGGCCCAGGCCGCCCUGGGCACCCAGGACAGCCUCUACUUUGUGGUCCCCUUCCUGGGCUUCUCCGCGGGCCUCUGGCUGCUGGCGGCCUUCACCACCGAGCGCUGCCUCUCCCACCUCUUCCCGGCCUGCUACCGAGGCCGCCGGCCCAGGCACACCUCCGCGGUGGUCUGCGGCCUCAUCUGGGCCCUGACGCCGCCCGCAGUGCUGCUGCCGGCCCACGCCUGCGGCCUGCUGGGGGCCCGCACGCGCCCGGGGACCUGCCUGCGGUACCACGCGGCCAGCGUCACGUGGCUGCUGUCCCUGGUGUGCGGGGCCUGCGGGGCCGGCCUGGUGCUCUUCGUCUGGGGGGGCUGCUGCUCCCAGCGCCCGCGGCCCCAGUUCUUCGGGGUCACGCUGGGCUCCGUGCUCCUGCUCCUGCUCUGCGGCCUGCCCCUGGUCUUCUGCUGGAGCCUGCGGCCGCUGCUCGGCUUCCUGCUGCCACUCUUCCUCCCGCUGGCCACGCUGCUGGCCUGCGUCCACGGCAGCGCCAGGCCGCUCCUCCACUUCAUGUCCGGCCGCCAGCCGGGGCCCCGGCAGCCGCUGCGGGCCGUGCUCCAGCGGGCCCUGGGGGAGCAGGCCCCGCUGGAGGCCGGGGGGCUGUCCCUGCCCAUGGGCCUCCUGUAG